UUGUCACAAAGCAAAAGGUUCGAUGAAGGAUGUUGUGGAGAAUUUUACCUAGAGCUUAGGGAUUGAGUCGGACAUAAAACUAAAACAGGCUUUUUGAAGACCAUAUUGAGUCAGAAUAUUGACUUCUUAAAUAUGCUCGUGAUAUUAGGCCCAGAUGCCUUUCUUAUGAAACUUAUACGGAUUUUAAGACAGUUUUACAAGGAGAUGAAGCAUUUUAGUCAAGUACUAUUCUCAAAUAAAUUGCCAAACGAUUUUGAAGAAAAGGUCAGAAGUAAUCCGGAAGUUAUCCAAGGUAACAGAGAUCGGUUUGCGUGGACACAGAAAAGAAUGUUGAAAUCAACAGACACUCGAUUGAAGAAAAUAUUUUAGUGCUAUGCCAUCAAAUAAUAUAUGACUUAAUGGGAUUAAGUGUUAAGAUUUUCGCGUGAAAUGGCUCCAGCAACAGCUAGUGUGCGCCUUCAAGGAACCGUUUGACGAUCAGAAAAAUGGGGUACGUAAAAUGGCAUCAAGGGGCGAAAUUUAUGAACCCAUUUCACCCGCGACUGUCCAGUGGUUGGUACACGUACUUCUCACCCGGGUUCAAUCCCCGUUCCCGGAAGCAUGCGCCACAAUUUACGAUGACGUCACAGUUUACGCCGUCAAUGACGCAGCAUCACGCGCAUUGUCACCGACAGAUCCACAAACCGGCACCGACACACCCGUUUUCAAGAUGGGAUCCGAAUGUAGCGCGUUCGAUCGCCAACGUGGACGCCGCUCGGAAUGCGCCGCCGCCGCAAUAUUCCUUCCCAACGAUGCAAAUGCAGAUUAGCCACCAAGAAGAGUUCAAGUUCGUACCGCAUGACUUUCAACGUGAUGUCCCUAUUCCGCAGUUUUCCUACGAAUACCACCAAACUCGUCUGAUGCAGCACACGAUGAUGGCGGCUGGACAGCCGUACUUCUCGCCGCGCCAACUAUGCGGCGGCGUCCCUCUACAGCGUCACGUCGUAGCGCCGCUGCACCCGCAAGCGCCGUUGGUGUCCCCUUUAGCUCCAAAGCAACUGUCGCCGCCACCGGCUACGGAAGCGGAUGCACCCUGGUGGAGCGUUACGCAGCAAACUGACGUCAAAUUUCAAAUCCCGCACCCGCUUAUGUAUGGUCCGGGAACGCCCACGGAUUUGCAGUAUCAGGCACAGCUCGCGUCGUUCUUGCAGAACAUAAAGCCUAUGACGCCGGCUCGACGGUGUCGCCGGUGCCGGUGUCCGAACUGUCAAAACCCCGCGAACAACGACCCGUCGAAGAAAAAGGUGCACAUUUGCCAUUUUCCCGGGUGUGAAAAGGUCUACGGGAAAACGAGUCAUUUGAAGGCGCACUUGCGCUGGCAUGCUGGGGAAAGACCGUUUGUUUGUAAUUGGUUAUUUUGCGGGAAAAGUUUCACUCGCUCGGACGAAUUACAGCGACAUUUACGGACACACACCGGUGAAAAAAGAUUUGGUUGUAAAACUUGUGGUAAACGAUUUAUGCGAAGUGAUCAUUUGAGCAAACACGCGAAAACUCACGAAGGAAAACGAAGUCCAAAUAGUGGCAAAUCGGAGGGUGAGUCUGAUGCGGAAAUUACCGAUCAUGAAACGAACGACUCACGGAUAUUGGCGACCAGUGACGAUGAGGAAUCGGACAUUGACGUUGAUGGUGAUGAUUCGGAUGUUUCGGAUAUCUAGAAAUGUGUUCGGUUGAUUUGUAAUUGAUUGUUUCAUUUUUUUUUAUAUAUUAAAAGUGCUUGUAUAAUUGUCUCACACAAAAUCACACGAUUUCGAUGGUCGCGCUUUACCGUAAGGCCAUCUGUUAUGACUUAGUCAUUUGUUGUUGUUAUAAAAGUUAUUCGUUUAACAAAUGCAACUAAUAAACUCUUAAC